AUGAAUACAGAUCCCAUACCUCCACCUAAAGAAUAUGUGAUUCCUGAGGAUUUUCAUUAGAACAUAAGAACUCGAUUCCUCAACUUCUUUCGUUACACUGUGGGAGAUAAAGCAAAGAAUAGCGUAAUUAUGCUGAUGGGAGCAUGCAAAAUCAAUAAGCAUGAUGAAGAUUAAUAGUAUAGAGUGGAGUAGGAGAGUAAUUUCCAUUAUUUGUUUGGAGUAGACUUUCUUAAUUGUUAUGCAAUAAUAGAUGUAGAUAAUGGUAAAUCAGUUGUCUUUGUGCCCUAAUAUGAUUCCAAUUAUAAGAUGUGGAAUGUUGUGUUGAACAAUGAAGAAAUUAAAUAAAAAUUUAAAUUAGAUGAAGUGUUAUAUAAUGAUGACAUAGAAUCUUGGUUGAGCAAUAGAAAACCAUCGUUAAUUUAUUAUUUUUAUGGAAUUGAUGAUUAUUCUCAUCACUCAUUACCCAUACCUGAAUAAUCAUUCUUACAAAAAUUAUAACUCUGA